AAGUGAAAAGGAAGAAGGGGGUCGUCUCACUCCAGUUUCAACCGAUCGGGAGCUUUAUGUGCACUUUACGUUUGGCUGAACAGCGGAAGAAAUCAGUUGGAACUCGUCAUUCACGGGCAUUAUUUCUUUUAAGCUUGUUAGUCUCAUGUGCUAAUCUCGCUGCGAUUAGUCCUCAACGAAUAUUUGGGGGUAGAAUUAGGGUUAGGGUUUGAUCGGUUUUUCCCUGAAUGGCCUCGUUCGACGCCGUUUCGGACUCUGCCCUCUGCAUAAACGACGUUCUGACGGACGAUGAGCUCCGUUCCAUCCUGUCCAGGCUCGACAACGACAAGGAUAAGGAUAUCUUUGGGCUUGUAUGUAAGAGAUGGCUUCACUUGCAGAGCACGGAGAGGAAGAAGCUUGCUGCUCGUGCUGGGCCCCACAUGCUCCGCCGAAUGGCCGCCAGGUUCAAUCGCUUGGUCGAGUUGGAUCUCUCUCAAUCAAUUUCUCGCUCCUUCUAUCCAGGGGUCACCGAUUCCGACCUUUCUGUUAUCGCCAAUGGCUUCAGGUGCUUGAGGGUUCUUAAUUUGCAUAAUUGUAAAGGGAUCACAGAUGUUGGACUGGCUGCAAUUGGUGAGGACCUCUCAGCAUUGCAGUCUUUGGAUGUAUCGUACUGCAGAAAGCUGACAGACAAGGGAUUAUCAGCAGUUGCCAAGGGGUGUCCUGACCUGCGAAUACUGCAUCUGGCGGGAUGCAGGUUUGUUACAGAUGGUAUAUUACAAGCUCUCUCUGAGAACUGUCAUAAUUUAGAAGAGUUGGAGUUGCAAGGGUGCAUGAGUAUUACAGAUAAGGGACUGACUAGCCUUGCAAGUGGUUGUGAACAAAUUAAGCAUUUGGACAUCAACAAAUGCAGCAAUGUUGGUGAUGUAGGGGUUUCUUGCCUUUCCAAGGCUUGUUCAUCUUCUCUCAAGACACUGAAAUUAUUAGAUUGCUAUAAAAUUGGGGAUGAAACUAUAAUAUCUUUAGCCGAAUUCUGUAAUAAUCUUGAGACCUUAAUCAUUGGCGGUUGCCGUGAUGUCUCUGAUGAUGCAAUGAAGUCAUUGGCUGCUUCUGGUAGAAGAAAUCUUAAGAACUUGAGGAUGGAUUGGUGUCUAAACAUCUCCGACUCAUCAUUGAGCUGUAUAUUAAAUCAGUGCAGGAGCCUUGAAGCUCUGGACAUCGGUUGCUGUGAAGAGGUGACAGAUGCUGCAUUCCAGCUUAUAAGCAGUGAAGAAGCUGCGUUGAAUUUGAAGGUUCUGAAGGUGAAUAAUUGUCCAAAGAUCACUGUGGUAGGUAUCGGCAUUCUUUUGGGUAAAUGCAGUUAUCUAGAAUAUUUGGAUGUGAGGUCCUGCCCGCAUGUUACCAAGGCUGGGUGUGACGAGGCUGGGUUGCAUUUUCCUGAAUGCUGUAAAGUUAACUUCAGCGAACCUGAUGCUAUGAUAAUUUAAGAAGGUUGGUGACUUGGUUUCAUCUAGAGAUGAAGACAUCUGGAGAUGUGAAGUGGGUGCUUCUAUAAUCUGUAUCUUAUCCAUUUCUCCCCGAGCUGUAAAUUGGGCUUGUAUCUGUAUUUUGUUUUCUGCCAUUGCAAGUUAUAUCCUCCCUUUAUUUGCACUUGUUCCUUGAUUCACCUCAUGCAUGAGAAUCCUAAUAUCGUUUGCACCUAUUUCACCUCAAAA